UUCGCCGAUUUCCAUUUCCUUCUGCGCCAGCCUCUGGGAUCGCGUCGGACUGUUCAUGGAUGCGUUAAUGGUCUGACAGGAUGUUCUGCUUCUUGAUGAAGACAGCGUGGUGGCUUGGUAGCCUCGUGAUUCGCGUCCAACUCCGCCGAUCCCGUGUCGCCGUGCAGCAGCAGGCAGCGUGUGCUGCCUUGUCCGUGGCGGAGCUGGUACUAGCGGAAUUUUGGUGCUGGUUGGAAGAGAUGGAGCAUAUUUUGAAUAGGAGAGAGGCCGAAGACAGGCAGAUGGGGCGUAUUCACUCGACGCCGGUAGAGUAUGCUCAUAGUUCGAUUGUGAGGGAUAGGUGAGUCGAUGUCUCAGAGAUGCUUCAGGGCAUUUGGUUGGAUACCGCGCUCUUUCUCUCUCCGUCUCUCGCACGUUUGAAUUUACCAAUGCUUCAAU